GCAUUAAAGGAAGGGAAACGAUGCGUCACUGCACAGUGGCUAAACGACGUCAUCCUAUCCAAAAGAAUGUGCCCUCCCUGGAAAGCCGUUCAUUUUCCAUCUACCUACGGUGAUAACAAACCGUGCAAGAAUAAGAUUAUCACUGUCUGUGGCUUCGAUCUCAAUGAACGAUCUUGUUUGAAGCAGAUGAUCGUUGCAAUUGGAGCUAGGUACACGACGUACUUGAGUCGCCAUAAUCACCUGCUCAUCGCCAAAUGCCUCGAAGGUCAGAAGGUGCUAAAAGCCGUUGAAUGGAAAAUCCCUAUCGUCAACGUCCAGUGGCUGACAGAACUGUUUUUAGGUCAGACUUCUGUGUUACAGAAUAUUAACAAUGCCAAAUAUCGUCAGUUCAUUCCGAAGGACAACCCGCAGUCCCUUUACGAUCCGUUUCGGAUCGACGCUGCGAUGGCCGCCCCGGUUCUCAUGAAUGCUUGGCGUAUUCCGGUACCUUGCACUCAAGAAACAUGGAAAGCUGCCAAUGAAAGGCGUAAGAAACUAAACUCUGACGAUGGCAAAUUGUCACCUUACAAAAAGCUCAAGUUGUCCCCGGCACCGAACGACGAAGAAAUUGAAAAUCAUCGUAAGGAGUGCAUGCUGAACUCAAAGCCUGUGGACGCCAAAGUUUGCUUUACUGGUCUUUAUAAAGCUGAAGCGGAAAAUCUAAAAAGGAAGUUCUUUUGGUUGGGUGGAAACGUGGUCGAUCACGUCUCAGAAUGUACUCACCUCAUCGCUUCGGAUCUGAAACGGACAAAGAAGUUGUUGGAAGGCAUCUCCCUUGGGCGUUUCAUUGUUACUCCUUCAUGGAUUAGGCAAAGUUACGAGCAGAGGAAGUUGAUAGGUACGUUGUUUUUCGUGCAGCCUUUUCCGUCGGUGUUGACAGAUAUUGUACAGAAAGCCGGUGGUUCGGUUGUGAUGCAGAGACCUCCUUUGAAGAGGCUUUUGGAAUAUAAAGAGAAAGGCGUGAAGUUCGUAAUCAUCACCUGUGACAACGACAUUCACUUAUGCCACAGUUUAAUCGAAAGUGGAUUAGAUUUGCAUACGGCUGAAUUCAUUUUGACAGGCAUCCUUCGCCAGGAAGUAGACUAUAUGUCAUAUCGAAUCGAGCCACGACUGAAUGAUGCUGGAAAGUCGGGCCGAGAGCUGUGA